AUUUUAGUAAUACCCCACUGUUUCAGUUUCUACAGUUGAAUGAAAAUGAAGUUCUUGAUUGCAACAGCUAUCGUUUUUGGACUCUGCUUGGCUCAGACUCAAGCCAAUGAUAACAUUGACAUUGACAACUCUGGGAAUGAAGGAGGGAGCGUUUCCCAAAACGUUAAUAUCAAUAACCAGGACAAUAUUGCUACCAUCAACAAUCUGAAUGGCUGGAAGUCCUGGGAUUCCAUUUGUGAUUAUGGAGCGGGAUUUGCAGCUACCCGGCUGUUCCACAAGCAGAGCUGUGUUAUCACCAAAAUCAACAAAGAUUCCUUCCCCAGCCUGGCCCAGCUGAGCGCCAUUGCAAAGGAUAAAAAGCAAACAACGAAUACUCCACUGCGAACUUACACAGUCAACCCACGCCGCAUUAAUAACAUUGGGGUGUUUGGGCAGCACGUUGAGACUAUGUGCAAAGGACUACCUUCCUACACUGCUCAAGAGAUGCCUGAUAAUGUGGGAGGCUUUUCACUCUGUCAUACCGGCAGCAUCGUCACAAUUCUGGGAAUCAACUUCUGCUUUUAAGCUGAAGUCUUCUCUCCAUGACCAGACUUACUGCAAUGCCUGCCCCUAAAUCUGCCUCCAUGGAUUCCUUCAGCGAUAUUAAAUAAAAAAAAGAUUUACUCAUA